GAGGCCGACGCACAAGAUGGCGGCCCCGGCGGCCCACGGGCGGCUGGCCGCUGAGCCCGGUCCUUGAGCAGGCGUGGCGGGGCUCGGGGUUUGGGGACAGGCCUCGCGCGGGUGACAGGUGGACGUGGUGGCACCGCUGGGCCUCGGGGCCGGGGGUGUGGGUGACCUUGCGUGCGCCCCAGCCCUGCCCGGGGGCGGGCCCAGAAAGGAAGGUCAGGCCCGGCGGCCCCGGCGCUCACGGGAGCGCCUCGCCUGGCGAGUUCACCGCACCCACGUGCAGCCUUCAUGGCUGCCUUGCCGGCCCCGGGACCGAAGAUCCACAUCCAAGCCGGAGACGGCGUCCAGGCCGGGGAGAGGGAGCCGCUGGGCCCCGGCGGGCCGGAGCAGGACCGGCCUCCCCAGCGCUCCUGGAGGCAGAAGUGCGCCUCCUACGUGCUGGCCCUGAGGCCCUGGAGCUUCAGUGCCUCUCUCACCCCGGUGGCCCUGGGCAGUGCCCUGGCGUACCGAUCCCAGGGCGUCCUGGAUCCCAGGUUGCUGGUGGGCUGUGCCGUGGCUGUCCUGGCCGUGCACGGGGCCGGGAAUUUGGUCAACACGUACUAUGACUUUUCCAAGGGCAUUGAUCACAAGAAGAGUGAUGACAGGACUCUGGUGGACCGCAUCUUGGAGCCUCAGGACGUUGUUCGGUUUGGGGUCUUCCUCUACACCCUGGGCUGUGUCUGUGCCGCCUGCCUGUACUACCUGUCCUCUCUGAAACUGGAGCACCUGGCGCUCAUCUACUUCGGAGGCCUCUCCGGCUCCUUUCUGUACACAGGAGGCAUUGGAUUCAAGUACGUGGCCCUGGGCGACCUGGUGAUCCUCAUCACUUUCGGCCCGCUGGCGGUGAUGUUCGCCUACGCCGUGCAGGUGGGCUCGCUGGCGACCUUCCCCCUGCUCUACGCCAUCCCGCUGGCCCUCAGCACCGAGGCCAUCCUUCAUUCCAACAACACCCGGGACAUGGAGUCCGACCGGGAGGCGGGCAUCGUCACGCUGGCCAUCCUCAUCGGCCCCACCCUCUCCUACGUGCUCUACACCGUGCUGCUCUUCCUGCCCUACCUGGGCUUCAGCGUCCUGGCCACGCACUGCAGCAUCAGCCUGGCGCUGCCCCUGCUCACCAUGCCCGUGGCCUUCUCCCUGGAGCGGCAGUUCCGCAGCCAGGCCUUCAACAAGCUGCCCCAGAGGACAGCCAAGCUCAACCUCCUGCUGGGGCUCUUCUACGUCUUUGGCAUCAUCCUGGCGCCAGCCGGCAGCCUGCCCAGACUCUGAGGGCACCGGCAGCGCCCCGCACACCCCCUUUCUCACCAGCAAGGAGACAGCUGGCGGCGUGGUCCUGGUCGCGGGGACUGCGAGCUCCCCCUUUUGUGUUAGGCUUGCACUCUGUUUGGUCUGUCUGCCGGUGUACGCACUCUGGUGUCCCGAGGGCAACUGGCGACUUCGGUCCUGGUUUUACUUAGUUUCCACUAGAGGGCGCCCUCAAGUCACUGUAGAAUGCAGUGGAGCACGCACCACCUCAUUUCACCGUCCACAGCUUCUCCAACCCAGCCUGGGUUCGCCUCGCACACCCAGCGAGCCCCGGUUGCCAAGUGCCGUGCUGUCCUGUUAUCCUGGUCACACAGUAAAUGGCAGUAAUGGGUGUCAGGCCCCACGAGUAUGCGUGCGCCUGGCUGUUGUCAGCGCUGGUGAUGGCUGCUCGCUGGACAAUGCCCCCCUCCCCCCAUAGCAGGCCUGUGUCGUGCUCAGCUUUCUGUCUGAAGGAUGCUUCUGCCCCUCCUCUCUCCUUUCACUUAGUGCCACCAUGGAGGAACAUGUCAGACCCUCUGCCCGCUGCAGCAAGACGGCCACGCGGGGCCUGGGGCGGGGGGGGACCCACCUGGAGUGACCCAGAAGGGCACUCUGCUUUAGUUAGCUCACACCUGUGAUCCCGGCUACUCAGGAGGCCGAGAGCUGAGGAUCGCAGUUCAGAGCCAG